AUGACUGUGCCAUACUCUCAUCGUGAGACUCGACUAGUGGUGCCGCAUCAUUGAUAUAAGCCCACGCCUCGUCCACUUUUGUUAGAUCGUCUUACCUUUCACGCCUCUGACAAUCCCAUCAUUUUGCUCUUCAGUAUAAGAAGCAAUUGUAUCGCAUUUACUUACAAACAGUCAGACCCGCUUCCACUGUCUACCGUUGUGUAUAUCAACGGUCUUCAAGUUGGAACAGCCCACAGGGGUCACAAUCAACAUGCGCUUCUUCCGUAAGAGCGACUCGGUCACAAACGACCAGGUCGCCUCCAACACACCUCACAGCCGUGCAGUAUCAGAGUCUUCCCUUUCAGAAAAGAACGAUACAACCGAGUCAACAACCGCCACCAACAUUGUGCCAGCAAUUCCGCCAAAGUCUGAGAAUGCCUUGGAACAGAAAACUGAAGCCAUCGGUGCCGAAGCCGAGCAACAGAAUGAGGAUGAAACACAAUAUCCCAAAUCCACCAAGUUGCUUCUCAUCACCAUCGCCCUAGCCUUGUCCGUGUUUUGCGUCGCCCUCGACAACACCAUCAUUGCAACCGCCAUUCCUAAGAUUACCGACGACUUCAAAGCGAUCAACGAUGUCGGCUGGUAUGGCUCGGCUUAUCUGCUCACGACCUGCGCCUUCCAGCUGUUCUUCGGCAAGCUAUACACCUUUUUCUCUAUUAAAUACGUGUAUCUCGCGGCAUUUCUCGUGUUCGAAGUGGGCUCUGUAGUUUGCGGUGCUGCUCCAAACUCGACUGCACUCAUCAUUGGUCGUGCCGUUGCAGGACUUGGCUCGGCUGGUAUCUUCUCUGGUGCCAUCUUGAUCAUCGCGAACAGCGUACCACUCCGGAGCCGUGCUGCUUACACUGGUAUCUUUGGAGCCAUGUACGGCGUCGCAAGCGUAGCUGGGCCAUUGAUGGGAGGCGCUUUCACCGACAACAGCAACCUGACUUGGAGAUGGUGCUUCUACAUCAAUCUGCCAAUCGGCGUGGUCACUUUCGUUUUCGUGACAUUCUUCUACAACCCCAGCCCGACCGCCAGAUCGCUCGCCACUGGCUGGAAGGCUAGGCUGAAUCAAUUCGAUCUCAUCGGCACAGCGGUCUUCCUGCCCAUGGUUGUGUGUCUGCUUCUUGCGCUGCAAUGGGGCGGAAGCAAAUAUGAAUGGAACUCGGGCACCAUUAUCGCAUUGCUCGUCGUCACCGGCCUUCUCCUCAUCGCAUUUGUGGGCAUUCAGUUCUGGAAGCAGGAUAACGGAACUGUCCCACCUCGUGUGUUGAAGCAGCGAUCCGUCGCAGGAUCUGCAUGGUUCGGUAUCUUCAUUGGCGCUGCGUUCUUCUGCAUCGUUUACUUCCUGCCAAUCUGGUUCCAGGCCAUCAAGAGCAAGACUCCUCUCGAAUCCGGCAUUGCAAAUCUUCCCAUGCUGCUCGGCGUCGUGAUUCUGUCGAUGGCAGCCGGAGGUCUCGUCACUUGGCUCGGCUACUAUGCACCGUUCAUGAUUCUGUCCGCGGUACUGGCCGCGAUCGGAGCGGGACUCAUGACUACUUUCCGAGUGGACACCCCACAGCCCGUCUGGAUCGGCUACCAGGUCAUCUUUGGAGCGGGUGUCGGCUUCGGCAUGCAGCAGACGCUCAUCGCCGUGCAGACUGUACUUCCUGCUGCGGACGUGCCCAUCGGAACCGCCAUCGUCAUGUUCUGUCAAACUCUCGGCGGCGCCAUCUUCAUCUCUGUCGCGCAAAACGUCUUCACCAACCGCCUCCUCGCGAACGUCAUCUCGAUCGUGCCGGAUCUGGACCCGGCGAUCGUCCUUGCGAGCGGUGCCACCAAUCUCGCCAAGAACAUCCGUCCAGAAUAUUUGGACGGAGUCAUCGAGGCAUACAACUCAGCCAUCACAACAACCUUCUACGUCGCCGUCGCCACAGCUGCUUUGAGCAUCAUCGGCGCAGUCUUUGUCGAAUGGAAGAGCGUAAAGGGCAAGAAGAUUGAGAUGGCUAUGGCUUAAAAAGUUGGAGGGAUGCUGCUCCAUCAACAACAAACCAUAUUUGACGGCAUUGUUUGUUUUCUUCGCAGAGACGAUACCCAUAGAUUUAAUGACACGGCGUUUCACAGGGAAGGGAGUCUUGUGUAGUAUAUAGACUUACGAUCGUCACUCUUCGGACAGUGGUAUGAUAUGGAAUUGAAAUCGUCACUCUUCAACUCCUCGUAUUAAGUAUUCAACGACACAUUCGAUGAUCAUGAUACUGCCAAGAAUCCCACUGAUGAAUGUCCGGGCAGUGGAAAGGAGUAACGAUGUUCUGUAUCCAGGUAGGGUAGUGUAUGCGUUCCUGCGCCACUCACGUAGAUCAGGACGUGAAAUACGAGG